AUGGUGCUGCUGGCUCUGGUGACCAUCCUUGGCAAUGCCCUGGUGAUCCUUGCCUUCAUCCUGGACAGAAACCUCAGGCACAGGAGUAACUAUUACUUUCUCAAUCUUGCCAUUUCGGACUUUGCCGUGGGUGUGUUCUGCAUGCCUCUCUACAUCCCCUAUGCCCUGACAGGGACGUGGCACUUGGGCAGAGAUGUCUGCAAGCUCUGGCUGGUUGUGGACUACCUCAUGUGCACAGCUUCAGUAUUUAACAUUGUCCUUAUCAGCUACGACCGUUUCCUCUCAGUCACCAGAGCU